AUGAGAAAAAAUGGCUGCCUUCUUACAGUGGAGGCGAUUUGUGUUUUUUGACAAAGAAAUAGUGAAGGAUCCUGGAGAAAAUGGCAAGAAUUUCAUAUUACCUAUUGGGAUCUCGGCUUGUGAUUCCGGGCGAGGUCACAUUGUACUUGGAGAUAUGGAGGGCCAGAUUUGGUUUUUGACACGAUCCUUGCAGUUGUCGUCUUUUCAAGCUUACAAACUUCGAGUGACACACCUUUACCAGCUGAAGCAACACAGUAUACUGGUGUCUGUUGGCCAGGAUGAGCAGGGCAUAAAUCCUCUGGUAAAGGUUUGGAAUUUGGAUAAGCGGGACAGUGGAAAUCCUUUGUGUACAAGGAUUUUUCCAGCCAUUCCUGGGAACAAACCUACAGAGGUGUCGUGCCUGAGUGUGCAUGAAAAUCUUAACUUCAUGGCCAUCGGAUUUACAGAUGGCAGUGUGGUUUUGACCAAAGGUGACAUCACUCGCGACAGACACAGUAAGACCUUAACACUUCACGAGUGCAACUGUCCCAUCACAGGGCUUGCCUUUCGCCAGGCUGGCAAGGUCACUCAUCUGUUUGUUGCCACACUGGAGAAAGUCCAGUGCUAUACCCUGUCUGUAAAGGAGUAUCCUAAACUGGAGCUGGAUACACAUGGCUGUGCUCUCCGCUGUUCAGCGCUUACCGACCCCUCGCAAGACUCCCAGUUCAUCGUGGCGGGAGAUGACUGUGUCUACCUUUACCAGCCGGAUGAGCGAGGGCCCUGUUUCGCCUUCGACGGGCACAAGCUACUGGCUCACUGGCACAGAGGAUACCUGUUGCUACUCACCAAAGAUGUGAAGUCACCCACCAAGCCAGGUUUUGGAAGCAGAGAGGCCUCUCCGACGGAAAAGCAAAUGUUGACCAUCUACGAUCUGGACAAUAAGUUUAUAGCAUACAGUGCAGCAUUUGAUGACAUCAUCGACGUGCUGGCAGAAUGGGGUUCCUUUUACGUUCUUACUCGGGAUGGAAAGAUAUUCGUUUUGCAAGAAAAGGACACGCAGACAAAGUUGGAGAUGUUGUUCAAGAAAAACCUUUUUGUGAUGGCGAUUAACUUGGCCAAGAGUCAGCACUUGGACAAUGAUGGGCUGUCUGAGAUCUUCAGGCAGUAUGGAGACCAUCUCUACAUUAAAGGAGACCACGACGGAGCCAUCCAACAAUAUAUUCGCACGAUAGGGAAGCUUGAACCAUCCUAUGUGAUCCGGAAAUUCCUUGAUGCCCAGAGGAUCCACAACCUGACCGCGUACCUGCAAGCCUUGCACAGGCAAUCGCUCCCAAACGCUGAUCACACCACACUACUGCUCAACUGCUACACUAAACUCAAGGACAGCUCCAAACUGGAGGAGUUCAUCAAGAGCAGUGAAAGUGAAGUGCACUUUGAUGUGGAGAUCGCCAUCAAGGUUCUCCGCCAGGCCGGCUAUCACAGUCACGCCGUCUUCUUGGCCGAGAGGCAUAUGCAUCACGAGUGGUAUCUGAAGAUUCAGCUGGAGGAUCUGAAGAACUACCAAGAGGCCCUGCGUUACAUAGGCCGACUUCCUUUCGAGCAGGCAGAGAGCAACAUGAAGCGUUAUGGCAAAACUCUAAUGCACCACGUCCCAGAGGGCACCACCCUGCUCCUGAAGGGCCUGUGCACCGACUACCACCCCAGCCAGGACGCCUCUGACCGGGACGCCAUGGACAGAGCCUCCAUGGAGAAGGCCAGUCCGGAGGAGUUCAUCCCCAUUUUCGCCAACAACCCUCGUGAGCUGAAGGCCUUCCUGGAGCACAUGAUCGAGGUUGAGCCGCUCUCCUCUCAGGGCGUCUACGACACGCUGCUGGAGCUCCGGCUGCAGGACUGGGCCCACGAGCAGAACACUGAGAAAAAGAAAGUCCUGAAGGGGGCAGCGUUGACUUUGCUGAGGAGCGACCACACCGUCUUCGACAAGGCACUUGUCCUCUGCCAAAUGCACAACUUCAAAGAAGGAAUCCUUUACCUCUAUGAAAAGGGCAAGCUGUAUCAGCAGAUCAUGCACUAUCACAUGCAAAAUGAAGAGUAUGGGAAAGUUGUGGAGGCGUGCAAGCGUUUUGGUGACCAAGAGGUGUGCUUGUGGGAGCAGGCUUUGGGCUAUUUCGCACGCAAAGAGGAAGAUUGCAAGGCAUACAUCAGCGAGGUGUUGCAACAUAUCGACCAAAAUAACUUGAUGCCUCCACUUCUUGUCGUGCAGACACUGGCCCACAACUCAACAGCCACACUGUCCGUGAUCAAGGACUACCUCAUCAACAAGCUCCAGAGGGAGAGCCUGCAGAUCGAAGAUGAUGAGCGCAAGAUUCGACAGUAUCGUGAGGAAACCGCCCACUUGAGGUCUGAAAUACAGGAGCUGAAAACCAGUGCAAAGAUCUUCCAGAAGACCAAGUGCAGCAUGUGCAACAGCCCGCUGGAGCUGCCGUCGGUGCACUUCCUGUGCGGCCACUCGUUCCACCAGCACUGCUUCGAGAGCUACGCGGAGAGCGAGGCCGAGUGCCCCACCUGCACGCCCGAGAACCGCAAGGUCAUGGACAUGCUGCGCGCCCAGGACCAGAAGAGGGACCUGCACGACCACUUCAACAGACAGCUGCGCUGUUCCAAUGACGGCUUCUCGGUGGUAGCAGACUACUUUGGCCGUGGAGUGUUCAACAAACUCACCUUGAUAACGGACCCCCCUGGCAAGGCUAUGGCCGGUGGUCUGGAGGCUGAUCUUCAGAGAGAUCUUCUUGUCCACACCAAGAGAAAUGCAUGAGAAACGAACGAUACUGUAGAACCUCCUAGAUGUUACCUAUUUACAGUGAUGGGCAAUCUGGAUUUAUUAGUUACAAUCAGGGCUCUAAAUUAACACCAGCCAACCGGCCAAAUGCUGGUGAAAUUUCAGUUUGGCUGGUAGAAAAUACCAACUUACUAGCCACUUUGACCCAUUAGUGAGUGUGUGUUUGGCUAGUAAGAUUAACAUCUACUAGCCAUUUUGGCUGGUGAUGAAAAAAGUUAAUUUAGAGCCCUGGUUACAAUCCAGUGCCACAUAUUCCAAAUGAUCUAAUAUUCAAUUCAGCAGUCACCUGGUUGAUUUUGGCAGAUAAAAAACAGUCAUUUGGAGUAUGUGGCACUGGACUGUAACUAAUAAAUCUGGUUUGCUCAUCACCAACUAUUUACGCACUAACACCAGGCUUUUGAUGUCUUAUUUUUGUGUGUGGUGGUGGCACACAACCAAGAAUGACAUUUUGCGUACCAUAGCCUACAUUUAAGAUUUAAAUUGCAUACCAUGGUGAAAAACUAGGUUACAUGACCCUCACUCAAGAAAUGGAAGAGAAAGGAUCUCGCACUUUACCAAAUGAAUGAUAAAAAGCCUCACUGCUGUACUCAUGUUGUAAUUAUGAAAUUGAAACUAACAUGUCAAAUGCUUCUGUAACUGUUGUUCUGAUCAAGUGUCUUCUCCGGUGGUGCAUGUUGCUAACACUUGUACUGUAUCACCUAUUCAACUAUUUGCAAAAUAUCCAUGAAACGGCAUAAGACUAAUAAAAGCUUUGUUCUUUUGGAUACAUUCA